UCCUGCCUUUAUUUAUUUAAUGAAGAGGCACUUUGAACUCUUCACUGAAAUCAAAUUCCUCACGACCGCUCUUCCUUUUACCAGUCACCGUUUCCUGACCUCAUCUCCGCUUCCUCCAAUCUUGUCUUUCAUUUGCUUCAAGAGUAAUGGAGGCCUACUCUCUUGAGCAGUCACUGGAGCCGCUGUCCAUCAGCGACGCCGGCAGCAGCACGGGUUCUUCGCCGGAAAACCAAUCUGCACCGACCUCAAAGCUCAACCUCCACGACACCUCUCCUCCCUUCCUCUGGGAUCAGUAUCUGGACCUGAAGACGGGAGAAAUCAUGUACUCUGUGGAUUGGGGGAGAGGGAGGAAGGCGAAGAGGGGGGGCUGGAAUACCAGAGCCACUGGGAAGCGGCAAGGUGGCAGGAGGAGCAAUGAUGAAGGAGGCGAGGAGGAGGAUCAGGCGGAGGGCAGCGGCACGGAUAGUGAUGCUGGGAGCUGCAGAACGCCGGGGGGCUGCUGCAACAAGAGGUACUUGGUGGCUGCAGCAGGAGGAGGAACGGCGGAGAAGAUGGUAGAGGAGGGGGAGGUGCUGGUGGUGGCCGGCUGCAAACAGUGCCUCAUGUACUUCAUGCUCCCCAAGGUUGCCGACGAGUGCCCGAGGUGCAGCAGCCCUCUGCUGCACCUCACCUCACUUUGAGUCGCACGUCCGCUGCACCUCUCAGACUUCGUUUGUCAUUUGCUUCUAGUGUGUGGUGCAGAAAAGGGUGGCCCGCCUCCCCUACGAUCUCUUCCUCUCAAGACAUCACCUUCUAUGAAUGUCUGUGAGGGAUCCAGCUUUUCUUUUCUUUCUUUUUCAUGUUAUUUCUUGUUCUCCAUAGACAGUGUUUCCCAAUAUCUCUUUGGGAAACCAGGAACUUCUUUAGUGAUGUUGCUUCCUUGUUCUCUCU